UGUGGCGGGCCCUUUGUCUCUCACAGCAGCCGGAGCUCCAGGUCUCGUCUUCACUCCUCUGGUUCUCCGCUCCUAGAAACCCAGCCUCUGUGGCCCUGUGACCUGCAGGCAUUGGGAGAUCCACAGCUAAGAUGCCGGGAUCCCCUGGAAGCCUAGAAAUGGGGCCGUUGACAUUUAGGGAUGUGGCCAUAGAAUUCUCUCUGGAGGAGUGGCAGUGCCUGAACCCUGCUCAGCAGGAUUUGUAUAGAAAAGUGAUGUUAGAGAACUACAGAAACCUGGCUUUCUUAGGUAUUGCUGUCUCUAAGAGUAAUUUGUUAUUUUUAUUUCUUUCAGUUCUGUGUUCUCAUUUUGGCCAAGACCUUUGGCCAAGGCCCGGCAUAAAAGAUUCUUUUCAAAAAGUAGUAAUGAGAGAAUAUGAAAAAUGUGGACAUAAGGAUUUACUGUUAAGAAAAGGCUGUAAAAGUGUGAAUAAGUUUAAUGUGCACAAAGAAAGUUAUAAUGAACUAAACCAGUGUUUGACAGCUAACAGAAGCAAAAUACUUCAAUGUGAUAAAUAUGUGAAAGUCUUUCUUAAAUUGCUAAAUUCAAAUAGACAUAAGACAAGACAUAUUGGAAAGAAACCUUUCAAAUGUAAAAAAUGUGGCAAAUCAUUUUGCAUGCUUUUACACCUAAGUCAACAUAAAAGAAUUCAUAUUAGAGAGAAUUCUUACCAAUGUGAAGAAUGUGGAAAAGCUUUUAAACAGUCCUUAAACCUUAUUAGUAAUAAGAAAUUUUAUACUGGAGAGAAACCCUACAAAUGUGAAGAAUGUGGCAAAGCCUUUAGUGUAUUCUCAACCCUUACUACACAUAGGAUAAUUCAUACUAAAGAAAAACCCUACAAAUGUGAAGAAUGUGGCAAAGGCUUUAUCCUAUCCUCAUACCUUACUAGACAUAAGAUAAUUCAUACAGGAGAGAAACCCUACAAAUGCGAAGAAUGCGGCAAAGCCUUUUCCUGGGUCUCAGCCCUUCAUACACACAGGAGAGUUCAUACUGCAGAGAAAUUUUACAAAUGUGAAGAAUGUGGAAAAGCUUUUAAGGAUUCCUCAACUCUUAAUAGACAUAACAUAAUGCAUACAGGAGAGAAACCCUACAAAUGUGAAGAAUGUGGCAAAACCUUUUCCUGGGUCUCAGCCCUUCGUACACACAGGAGAGUUCAUACUGCAGAGAAAUUUUACAAAUGUAAAGAAUGUGGUAAAGCUUUUAAGGAUUCCUCAACUCUUAGUAGACAUAAAAAAAUUCAUACUGGAGAGAAACUCUACAAAUGUGAAGAAUGUGGAAAAGCUUUUAAUCGGUCUUCACACCUUACUAAACAUAAGAUAAUUCAUACUGAAGAGAAACCUUACAAAUGUGAAGAAUGUGGCAAAGCUUUUAAACAGUCCUUAAACCUUACUAAUCAUAAGAAAUUUCAUACAGGAGAGAAGCCCUACAAAUGUGAAGAAUGUGGCAAAGCCUUUACCCUAUCUUCAUACCUUACUGCACAUAAGAGAAUUCAUACUGGAGAGAAACCCUACAAAUGUGAAGAAUGUGGCAAAGCUUUUAACCGGCACGCACACCUUACUAGACAUAAGAGAAUUCAUACAGGAGAGAAACCCUACAAAUGUGAAGAAUGUGGCAAAGGCUUUACCCUAUCCUCAUACCUUACUAGACAUAAGAUAAUUCAUACAGGAGAGAAACCCUACAAAUGUAAAGAAUGUGACAAAGCCUUUAACGUAUUCUCAACCCUUAGUAAACAUAAGAUGAUUCAUACUGGACAGAGACCCUACAAAUGUGAAGAAUGUGGCAAAGAUUUUAAACAGUCCUCACACCUUACUAAUCAUAAAAUAAUUCAUACUGGAGAGAAACCCUACAAAUGUGAAGAAUGUGGCAAAGGCUUUACCCUAUCCUCAUACCUUUCUAGACCUAAGAGUAUUCAUACAGGAGAGAAAGUCUACAAAUGUGAUGAAUGUGACAAAGCCUUUAACCAGUACUCCUAUCUUACUAAACAUAAGAAAAUUCGCACUGUAGAGAAACCCUAUGAGUGUGAAAAAUAUGGCAAAGCCUUUACCUAGUCCUCAGUUCUUAAAAGACAUGAGAUAAUUCACACUGGAGAGAAACUCUACAAAGCAGAAACAUGACAUGCUUUUGACAACACCUCAAACUUUUCUAAAUUUUGUAACAGUAAAAGAAAUCAUAUUGGUGAGAUUUCAUAUUGGUUAUAACAACAAUACAUUCAACUCUAAAGGACAUGAUAGAAAUUAAGUAAUACAUAAUGAAUUAUUAUUACUUAUUCAUGAACUAGCAUUAUUAAUAGUUAAAUAUUUGUAUUACACAAAUGAUCUACAGAUAUAAUACAACCUCUAUGACAUUACCAGCGACAUGCUUCAUAGACAUUUUUUUAAAGUAUGUCAAAAUUAAAUUUAAAUGAUUAAAAACAGAAUAAAAAUUUAACCUACAGAAACAAUAUUCUUUAACUUAUUUGCAGUUGAAGGUUACUGGCACAAAAAAAAUCACUAGAGAUGUUCAUCCAUUAUGCUACUAAAUAGCAUAUUGUUACCAUCUUUUACCUACACCCUUGAGUAAAGUGGAAGAGGAUAAAGGUUGUGGCAUAAUAACACCUCACUGCAUGUAAAAUACUAUUUAACAUCUUUUUUU